AUGCCGCGCAGGCAAUCCCAGAAGCGUGCGCCGCAAGACCACACUGCGCAGAAACCAGCGCAGAGACGCCAGGCCAGCCGUGCUCAAGAUGCUCUAGCUAUCGCUGAGGCAGAUACCAAAACCAGAUUGGGUAUCCGUCGGAGUCGUCUCGGUGUCUCCGACGACAAAAAUGAACGCAAAAGACACUCCGCUCGCGAUAACGAUGACGAUGAAGACGACAACGACGAGCAAGGACCAAUUCACAAACGCCGCAGAACCGGAGCCGAAUAUGACAGUGCCGAUGGUGGCAGCGAUAGCGAAGGUCACGAAUGGAAGUUGGGACAAGUCGACAGUGACGACGAUGAAGAGCUAGACAGUGAUGAGGCUCUGGGAUCCAGCGACGAGGAGCGGUUUGAGGGUUUCACAUUCCGUGGAAGUGCUUCAAACAAGUCCAAGUCCAAGAAAGCCCCACCGAAAAAGCGCCCCGAGAUCACUCUGUCUGAAGACAUGGACGAGUCUGAGGAUAACAACUCUGACGAGGACGACGAGGACGACCUAGGAGAAGAUGCCGUGGAUCUACUUACAGCUUGGGAUAUGAAUACGGCUGAAGAAGAGUCAGAGGCUAAGCAAGCUGCUACCAGGGCCAAGAAAGCCGCUGCUGGCGCUGACAGCGAUGAAGAUUCGGGUUCUGAAGGCGAUAGCGAGAGUGCCAGCGAUGACGACUCCGAUAUGUCCGUAUCCGACGACGACGACGCCCAACAGGACGGUCUGGCCAAACUACAGGAUUUCGUCCAGUCAAUGGGAACCAACAAAUCUACAAGGACCAAAAGAACACAGGAGCAGAGCAACCCAACUGAGUACGGCUUGACAGCGUCUCAGAAAUUGACUGUUGCCGACCUUCUUCCUUCAAUUACGGAUUCUCGUCUCAAAAGCUCGCUCAAGCACGUUGACGCCACACCUCAAGCAUCAAAAUCGGGCAUCCCGGGCAAGCUAGACGCCCCAUUGGCAAAGCGCCAACAGGAUAAAAUCGACCGUGCCGCCGCCUACGAAAAGAGUAAAGAAACCCUUGACCGAUGGCUGGACACUGUCAAGGCCAACCGCAGAGCCGAGCAUCUCGUAUUCCCUCUGCCCAACCCCGAUGGCGAACAAGUUCACCGCAUGGAUGUCGCCAAGCCGACUACCGACCUCGAGAGCACGAUUCAGAACAUCUUGGCGGAGAGUGGCCUUGCCGACGGCAAGUCUGCGGAGGAUCAGUUUCAGAACUUCGAAGAGCUCCAGUCUCGUUCAUUGCCUAUUGAAGAGAUCCGCGCCCGACAAGCUGAGCUACGGAAGCGACGCGAUCUGCUGUUCCGUGAGGAAGUUCGCUCUAAGCGAAUCAAGAAAAUCAAGAGCAAGGCUUAUCGUCGUGUGCACCGAAAGGAACGCGAGAAGCUUGAGCAGCAGGAACGCCAAGCACUCUUGGAAUCCGGUGUCGAUAUGGAUGAAGCCGAGCGAGAGCAGAACGAGCGCAAGAGAGCCGAGGCUCGUAUGGGUUCUAAGCACCGCGAGAGCAAGUGGGCCAAGAGCCUGAAAGAGACCGGACGCACCGCCUGGGAUGAGGAUGCGCGUAACGGUGCUGCUGACCUCGCGCUGAGAGAGGAGGAGCUACGGAAGCGAAUUGAAGGAAAGAGUGUUUCUCGUGGAGAUGAUGCCUACUUGGAAUCAUCAAGCUCGGAAUCCGAUGAUGAGGAUCCCUGGGCCGAGGAUGCUGAGGAAAUUCGGAAAAAUAAGCUUGAGCAAAAGCUUGCUGCACUGGAGGAUGAAGGGCCUGAAGGCGAAGACAAGGGUCCUCAUUCCAAGUUAUUCGCUAUGAAGUUCAUGCAGAACGCCGAAGCUGCUCAGAAAGAAGCAAAUGAUGCGGAACUCCGACAGCUCAAUCGUGAUCUGCAUGGUGAAGAGUCACAGUCAGAGGCAGAGUCUGAAGUUGGCCGUCGGAAGUUUGGUCAAUCAGCCAAAACCGAGACCAAGCCAAAGACCAAGGCUUUGCCAAAGAAUGAAUUUGAGGAAGCUGCCGACUCCGAUGACGAGCAGCGAGUGAUCGACUCAGAUCAGGAUAUUGAUAUCGUUACCAACCGUCCUGCGAAACAGAAGCCUGGUGUUUCUGGCUCCAAAGCCACUGCUGUGUCUUCCAAGAAGUCGUCUACUUCUCAGAAGGAUGCGCCAGCUGAGGAAGAGAACCCGUGGCUCGUUCAAACUGGGCGCAAUAACCGUCGACGAGAAGGUGCUGAUACGCAAGAAGCACUUGACAUCUCCGUCAGCGCCGAACAGCCCCAGGCUGUCCAGGCCAGUAGCUCUUCCAAGAAGGGCAAGUCCGCCAAGACAGUUCCCUCCAAGCGGCGCGCGCAAGAACAGAAUGACAGUGAUGAUGAGGAUAACGUUCCAGUCUUGCUCAAGAAUCACGACCUCGUGAAGCGGGCCUUUGCCGGUGACGAGGUGGUACAAGACUUUGAGCAAGAGAAGAUGGACACCAUCGAGGAUGAAGGUGACAAGGUUGUCGACAACACUCUGGAUGGAUGGGGUAGCUGGACAGGUGACGGCAUCAGCAACAAACAGAAGAAGAAGCAGAAGCGCUUCUUGACUACUGUUGAGGGUGUCAAGGCCGACAAGCGCAAGGAUGCCAAGCUGUCUCGGGUUAUCAUCAAUGAGAAGCGUGUCAAGAAGAACGUCAAGUACAUGGCCACACAACUGCCUCACCAGUUCGAGACCAAGUCUCAGUACGAGCGAUCGCUACGCAUGCCACUCGGCCCGGAGUGGUCGACCAAGGAAUCUUACCAAGAUGGCACCAAGCCUCGUCUUCUGAUCAAGCAAGGAAUUAUCAAACCCAUGGAGAAGCCCAUGGUCUAA